AAUGGCGGCGGAAUCGUGUGUAUCCUAAGUAGAAAAUUUUGGGUGGAAAAAACGGGGUCAACUAUCGUGGAUCUUCUUGUUUAAGAACUGUUUUGUAGCUGAUACAUGAAGGAAGUUGUAAAGUAAGAUGGCUGUCAGUCAUACAGGGCUAUCUUUACUUUGAAGCCACGAAUCCUAUACUGCUCUACCGCAAUGCGGUUCGAAGUGGCUUGAAAGUGAAAUAUUGCGAGAUCGUUCUUGGUGGAAAUUUACUUAUUUCCAAUUCAGGUGCUCUACCUUGGAAACGGAAAUGAAAGACAUAGCAUUCCUAGAAGGCAUUUUAGCCGCUGUUACAUCUCAAGAUACCCAAAGAAGGCUGAAAGCGGCAGAAGACUUCUCGAAUUAUUUAAGUGUUCCUUCUAAUGGAAUUGAGUUCAUUGGCUUCGACAAACUGCUCGAUGGUCUCGUUGGUUGGGUAAACAGCAGCAAUUUCAAGAUAAGCCUGACUGGACUGGAUCUCCUUCAUCAGAUUGUCGAUCGUCUCGGAGCAAAUUUUCGAAGCCAUCUCUUGCCAGUUGUUCCUGCUAUUGUGGAGAGGUUAGGUGACAGCAAGCAACAGGUGCGAGAUUCUGCCCAAGAACUACUGCAGAAGUUUAUGUACCCAGUGUCUACACCUCAGCAUGUUCUUGAACAACUCAUCCCAGCAUUUGGUCACAAGGCUUGGCGAGUGAGAGAAGAAGUGUUGCAUUGUCUGAUAACUACCUUAAAUGCGUUUGGCCCAUCAUCUCUCACAGUGUCAAAAUUUGUUCCGCAUAUCUGCAAGCUUCUUGGUGAUCCUAACAGCCAGGUGCGUGACAGUGCCAUUAACAGUUUGGUUGAAAUUUACCGACAUGUUGGUGAGAAAGUGAGAGUUGACCUGAGCAAAAAAGGAAUUCCAUCAUCAAGGUUAUCUAUUAUUUAUGCAAAAUUUGAUGAAGUGGCUAGAUCAGGGAAUAUGGUUGUCAGUGAACCUAAUGGAUCCUCAAGAGUAAAUGGAGAGGUGGAGACAGACGGAGCAAAGCUUUCCACACCAGCGCCUUCCAGAACAACAUCGGUGAAAAAAGGCGGACCACAGAGAAAAACCAGUGGGUCAAAAACUUCAGGCCCAUCAUCUAACUCAGCGUCUGCGGGAGCAGUUGACGAGGCAGACUUUGAAAAUGCAUUUCAUGACUGUCCUGAAAUCAAGGUUUAUAGCAGUAAAGAACUAACAGAGGAGAUGGCGAAGGUUCAGUCCGUGUUAUCGGAUGAUAAAAACGAUUGGGAACACCGGGUAGCUGCGCUCAAGAAAAUUCGCAGCUUAAUUAACGGAGGGGCUCUAGAGUACGAUAACUUUGUGUCGCUGGUGAGGCUACAAGAGGGGGCAUUCAAACUCUCGACAAAGGAUCUUCGAUCGUCUGUCACGAGAGAGGCUUGUGUAACCUUAAGCUACCUGUCUACCGUUUUGAAGAAUCAGUUUGAUCAUACGGCAGAAGCUGUAUUGCCAACCCUCAUCAACUUAAUCACCAACAGCGCCAAGAUCAUGGCAACGUCUGGUCACGCUUGUAUCAGCUUCAUUCUAAAAAACACUCAUUCUCAUCGGCUAAUUCCAGUCAUCACCAACAAUAUGACAUCCAAGUCAAGUAUCAUUCGACGCCGCUGCUGUGAGUAUGUAGACCUGUUUCUUACUCACUGGGAGACGCCCACGAUAAAAUCCCGCGUUAGUGAAAUAGAAGAAGCCAUUCGGAAAGGAAUUUCAGAUGCUGAUCCUGAAGCAAGGGCAGGCAUGCGAAGGGCGUUUUGGCAUUAUCAUGAACACUUUAGAGACAGAGCAGAGAGUUUGUUGAAAUCGUUCGAUGCCUCAAAGCAGAAACAGCUCGAAAAUGACCGUAACCUUUCCAAUCUUGGCCCUGUAAAAACUUCAUCGUCCGGACGAUUUGUUGCUGUGAAACCGAGCAAGCCAAUUUCUGGAAACAGAGUGCGCUCAUCCAGUGCGGCUAGCGAAGAUGGCACGACAAGCUCACGGCACACAGCACCUUCCCGUCAGACAGUGGGAGCCUCGAGCCGUGCCGCGAGAACCACUCACAGAGAAGAUUCCCGUCAUGCUGUGGCAUCCAAGGCAACAGGCUCUCUUCUCUCUCCCAUGGCUUCCCUCGGUCGUUCCCUCAGUAAUAUCGACCAGCGGUCGGCUGAACGGGCCAGUGCGCGUUCUAAGAUCCGCGCAGUACCUCGAACGUCACCUCAAAGCCAUCACGUGCAGCAGCGCCAAAUUCGACCCCAGUACCCUUCCAGGGGCACUGUUUCUCAACCUGGAAGUCGAUCCCAGUCUCCCGAACGAUUGCUGUCCACCUUCCCUCCUCGGGAGAGGUCUGAGGUGUACUGUCGGAGAGAAAGCAUAAGUAGAACCAAGAUACCCACUCCAAGUGUUUCUAGGCAUGGCAGCAACGAGAAUCUGGCUGGUAUUGACAGCCAUACACCCCACUCCCAUCCCUCUAGUUCUCCCUCUUUCCUCCCCGUUCGUAAAACUCUAGUUGCUCGAAAUUGCAGCAACGAGAGUCUAAAUAGUCCUAGGAGCUACUCGCCCCAACCCUACCCUCCUCCCUCUCGAUCUUUUCUUCCUGUUCCCAGUCCUAAACUUCAUCUUUCUCGGCAUCUUAGCUUCGAGUUUCUUCCCAGACGGCCUCCUAAUUCUUCUGUCUCCUACAUUCCUGUUCCGAGCUUUCGUGCACGAACUGCUUCUCAAUGUAGCUCACGCGCGAGCUCCCGCGCGAGUUCGCGCGGAGCGAGCAGAGACACCAGUCCUGACCGGAGAGGGGACAGGCGAAUGAGUUCAGAGCGAGGAUACAGUCCAAGUCAUUUACCGGUGAUGAAGAAGACAAGUCCGUUACACAAUCCACCAAUGGUAAAACAGUCAAGUCAAGGCGAGUCCACGGGUAAAGGUGUCACUGAAGAAGCGGUUUGGAACGCUUGGCAUAAAAGCCCAUCCAGACGAAAAUAUUCGUUUGGUUCUCAAUGUUCCGAUGACGACGAUAGUGACGUGGCCAGUAUAUCAUCUGAGAGAUCGUAUGGAUCUAGAGGCUCGCGGAAUCACCCCAAACACUUGGAACCUGGAAACGAGGUAGCUGAAAUAGUUCGUUUAACCAGCAGUAACGAAUGGUCCGAUAGACGGGAUGGUGUAAUUUGUCUGCAAGGUUUCCUUCUUAACUCGGGAGUUCUCAGUCAAAUAGAACUUGGACGAAUAAAGGACUGCCUCACAAGAUUGUUUUUCGAUCCACAUAAUAAGGUUUACAGUCUGUUUCUGGACGCGUUGUGUGACUUUAUAGUCGUAAACAAAGUCGAUCUCCAUGACUGGCUGUUUGUUCUGUUGUCACGCCUUCUCACCAAACUCGGUACAGACCUGUUGAGUUCGUUACAGUCUAAAGUGGUCCGAGUGCUGGAUGUGAUCAGGGAUUCCUUUCCAUAUGAUCUUCAGUUCAGCAUUUUAACAAGAUUCAUCACUGAUCAAACUCAGACGCCAAACCUUAAGGUGAAAAUAGCCAUUUUGCAAUAUUUACAAGGACUUAUCGGCCUGAUGGAUCCUAGCGACUUCACCAACUCUGGUGAAACACGUUUGGCGGUCUCUCGUAUAAUCACUUGGACCACGGAACCGAAGAGCGCAGACGUCAGAAAGGAAUCAGCAGCUGUUAUUGUAGCUCUGUUUGAACUGAACACUCCAGAAUUCAGCAUGAUGCUGACCGUUUUACCGAAGUCAUUCCAGGAUGGUGCAACGAAGCUGCUCCAUAAUCAUUUAAAGAGUAGUACACAGGGUAAUGAGCCAUUUGCUGCUGGCCGUGGAUCACCUUCGUCUGCUGGCUCUAAUUUUGAUGACGUCGAGAGCGAGCGACCACGGUUAAGACUGGGUUACAGAACACUCUCCUCGUCCUCCAUGAAAGGACUCUCUCCCGGAAAGGACGAAAACCCGGGCUCGCCUGACCAUCACACAAAGAUACCGACACCAACGAAAACAGCUCAAAGCCCUCGAGGCGGUCAGACGAGGUUUGGUUUCUCACCGCGGACAAAUGGUAACUCGGUUAAAAGAGACAACAGCUUCGAGGCUGAAGCGAUCAGCUCCAGUGAGUCCUUAGACGGAAGGUUUGCUUCGCCCCCACCGCCACACCGUGGGGAAGGCUCUUCUCAUCCACCGGAAGACGCUCCAAGUGUUUCAUCCGGGUACCACAGUGACGAUAUCGCAUCCGCUAACGUGGAAAACACUGCUCAAGCAACGGCAGCUGGCCCGCCAAGCUCGAGUGGAUCCGCGGGACAAAAAUAUGACCCGAGACAAUACCAAGACCAGCAGAAUGACUUCCAUCCAGUUCCUGAAAUAAACGGUUUUCUUACCGCUGGCCGGAAGAAGAAUGGUGAAGUGGAGGACGAGCUGGAUCGGUCAUUAGAAGGAAUGGAACACAGUGAUGACCACUUUGAUAAAGAUGUGUCUCUAGAACACGCAGAUGCACUCUCUCCUAUCAUGGUCCCCUUGGGGGCACCGUCGGGUAUGCAGUCCGAUGACAAGAAAGAGGCGCUGGGAGAGUUGCUGAGGAUGACCCGAGAGGACACUCCUGUGCUGUGGGAGGAAAACCUUAACACUUUGUUGUCUUUGCUCAUGAAGAAUAUCGGAGACGAUGAGCCCGCAGUUCGACUGCUGUCGCUUCGCGUCCUGAGAGACAUGGUACGAACUAGACCCCAGGCCUUCAACAAACAGAUUGACAAAAUGGUGGAGACAGUUCUGAACGCUCACAAAGAUGUACAAAAAGAGGUUGCUCGAGUGGCCGAAGAAGCUGCUGGGACGAUCGCCAAGAAUCUUCCGCCGGAAGUUUGUCUUCAAGCUUUGUCACCAGUCCUGCGGGAAGCUGAGUUUCCCGUCAAUCUUGCAGCUCUUAAAAUGAUCAUGAAGGUGGUCGAGGACAUUGAUGACGAAACAAUCGAGGAGAACUUAGGAGAGAUCGUACCAGGGUUAGUCAGGUGCUAUGACCAUGUAGAGAGCAGUGUCCGUAAAGCCAGUGUGUUCUGUCUUGUGGCAAUACAUGGUGUGGUUGGCGAAGAAACUCUGAUGCCGCAUCUGGCUGAGCUCUCCGGAACGAAGAUGAAACUGCUAAACCUCUACAUUAAGAGGGCCCAGGCCGGCAACGGCGGAGGGCGUCCGUGAGAUCCUGGUGAUGAGUAAGGAGAUAUUUUCUUACAUUCCUCUCUCUCUCUCGAGAGGAGUUCAGCAGACCCAAGCCGAGUCUAGGGAUUAACUUUGGUUGCACUGUGGUCAUCGCGAAUAUUAUUGAAGGUGCAAGUGUCAAGGAUUUAAGACCGAGCUUGGUGUCCAGGCUAAAGUGUUGUACUGGAUCACCCGACAAUUUUUCGGCGCAAUAAUGGGAAAUUGCGACUGAGUUCACUAUUGCAAGGAUGGCUUUCGUGUAUCGUUCUGUCGGUCUAAAGACUUUGAAACUAAAAUCAUUGGAACCCGUCAAACCACGAUGAAAGAGUCCUGGAAACUGCGGGCUUUUAACGAUUCAACAACUGUUGACGAAUUCCGUUUAACAUUUUCCGUUGACAAUAGAUCUUCUGUUGGCCAACUGACCAUUUGACAUAUUUCUGUUGUUGGCGACUAUUUUUUUAUGUAGUAACGUACAAAUGAGUCGUCUCAUUGUUUACCUGUUCAGGAACUGAGUCAUAACUCCGGCAGCGCCGCGGGGGAGGCGCGUGUUAAGGCUAAAACGCGCAAGGAACGAGCUUGUCCUCUUGUAGGAGACACAUCAUUUUAAACAGCUCCCGCAUUGUAUGGCAAUCUCAUGUUAGGAAAACUACCUUAUGGGCGAACUUCAGUUAAGAAUCCUUUUCUGCUUACAUGGCUCGUUCCAUAGUGAUUGGAAUCUUUAAAUUUUUUGCAAUAUUUUAACGGCUAGCAUUUGUAUGUUUUUACCGUUUUCAUUUUGUAAUGUUACUUUCUUUUUUCAUUUCUACCGCGCACAAAAAGAUUAACUCUUGAUGUUGGCUGUAAGCUUUUGACCAAUUACCAUUGGUUGUCAGUUGCGUGACUGAAAUGGGACGUGACGUUCGGCGCGUCACGCAACACCGUGUCGGAUAUGUUUGCGAUGGAAAUAAUAUAUUUAUUUUUAAUAUAGAGUUUGUUUGGGUCGCAAUUAAAUAUCUGAUAGUUUUAUGUGUGAAGUAACAUGAACUAAACUGGUUAACAUUUAUCAAGCUUGGUAAUUCCGACUCCAAUGUCGGGAAAUGGAAAUAGCGAAAAUAAUAAAAAUCUUUAUUCAAAGGUA